AUGAUGUCUGACGCGGAGUUCGAGACUCUUGUUGUGGGCCAGGGAGCCAAGUACCAGGGAUAUAAGGGCCAGGCAUCCAAGGGCCAGGCAUCCCGUGCAGACAUGCCAGCUCCUGUGGGCGGACACGGCCCUGCGACCGCGGCCACCGCCGUUGCCCUGCCGAAGACUUCUGAGAAGAGUGUCGUCACCGCCAACACCCUCACUCAUACCGCUGAGAGGGCUCUCACCACCGCCAACGCCCUGACUCAGACCUCUGAGAAGACUGCCACCACCGCAAACGCUCCCUCGCAGACCGCCGAGAAGACCGUGACCAACGCCAACAACGGCGAGAAGGCGCAGCCUUUCACCCCUAUCCCGGCCGACAACACCGACGAGGUGAACCGCCUUGCCCGUCUCGUGGAGGAGAUGGACACGAAGAGCAAGGAGGCUGACGAAAAAGAGCGGUACAACCGUACCGUGGUCAUCUCGCCUCUGCCGGAGGACAUCACGAUCGCAGACGUGCUGCCCCGUGUCCGUGGCGGGAUCGACUCAUCCUGUGUCAGCAUGUUCAACGGCGACCGCAUUGCGGUGGUGACCUUCAAGCACCCGGCAGAUGCCAUCACAUAUGUUGAGUUCUGCGCAGAGACUUGCAUCUGGGCCCUAUGGACAUUCCGCUAUUCCCGCCCCGGCGUCGAGGAGGAGGAGCCCCGCCGCGCCGAGGUCAACCUCUUCCGGUCUGCCUCCGGAAUGAGAGCCGGUUGGAACCGACUCGCCAUCCUGGUGCGGUCCCCGGCCGCCGUGCCCACCGGCACCCGCUGCCUGGUCCUCGCGGGGUGUAAGCCACACGAGGUGGCCGGAAUAUACCGCGCCCUUGGGCUGGGCUACUCGCAGCACCAGCGGGACCAGGUGGAGGCGAUGUGGCUCGACGGCCCGGCCCGUGACGGGAACGGCGACCCGGUCCACGGGCGCCUUCACAUAUGGUACACCAGCAUCCGCGCCGCACAGGAGGCGAAGAUGCGCUGGCCGCCCUUGGAGUACGAGUGGGACCCAUGUUCGGACUCUCCUCCGUCCCUCAUCCUGAGCAUCGAGGAAAUCCAGGCCGGCGAGGUCGGCAUCUUCCAGCAUAGCUACCCCUUUGUGAACCUAAUCGAGGUGAACCAGGACACCAUCUUCAACGGAGUCAUGAACGGCGUCGUCGACCCGGCACGCGUCUACUUCCGACCCCUGAACGCGGCCUACCCAGGCGACGGAGCCAGCCUCGCCACCCGCCUCCAGUGGUCCCUGCAGAACCGCGGCGCCGCACAGCAGCCAUCCUUCAACAUGCCGCCUGCCAGCCUCGCGACGCCCUUCGGUCAUGCCGGCGCCAUGUUUCACGCGGCCGCGGUGGCCGACCCCUUCUACGAGUCCCUCCCGAUCGCCGCCGGCAUCCCGCCGCGCCUGCGUGACGACGGCGCCACUGGCACCUACAUGAACUACGACGACGCCGGCCAGAACCUCCCCGUCCGCGUCCAGAACGUCCCCGCCCGCCCCCAGCCGCCCGUGGCCGCUCGCGCUGUGCAGGAGCCCCGGGUCCUGGGAUACCCCCCCUACACCCACGUUGGAAGGCAGAACAAUGUCGCCUCUGGCGGAUUCGAUGGCGCUGGCGCGGUUGGAAACGUGGCCGGCCAGAGCAAUGUCACCUCUGGCGGCUUUGACGGGGCCUGCCAGGGCAAUGUCGUGUAUGGCGGCUUCGACGGCGCGGGCAGGGCUGGCCACAGCACCAACACCAAUAACACCAACAACACCGGCAACUCCUCCAACUUGGGUGGAAACAACCCCCACAGCGGACGCCAGCCUCACCGGGGACCUGAUAGAUCCUAG